AUGGGCUCCAGUGCACUGCCUCUCAUCUUGCUGAUGUCCCUCGUUCACUCUGGACUCAGUCAAGUGAAACCUGUAAUGACGGUGAAGCCAGAUCAGCGUGUGUUCAUAGGAGAGACAGUCACUUUCACAUGUGACAUACAGAGAGGAAACAUUCAGAGAUACAUCUGGUUUAAAGAUGGAGACACUGACUAUCCAUAUACAACAACAACAGCAACAGCAUUUUACAGUUUCCCAGCUGAUUAUGUGUCUCUCAGUGGUGAAUACAGUUGUAGAGGAGAGGGACCAUACUCACAGACAGACUUCAGUGAUGCUGUUACACUGACUGUAUCAGAUAAACCGACUCUGACUGUAAAGCCCCAGAGUUCAGUGUUCACUGGAGACACAGUUACUCUCAGCUGUGACGUGGGAAGAUCAACUGGAUGGACGUUUCUCUGGAGGAAAGACUCAAACCGUGAAUCCAGUAAUUAUGCAGGAACUAAAACUAUCAGUUCUGUGACAGUCUCUGAUGGAGGAAGAUACUGGUGUAGAGCACAGCGAGGAAACUACUACUACACACAUACACAAUACUAUACAGACUACAGUAAUGUUGAGAUAACAGUGAGAGGUAAGUGCUAUUUUACUUUGUAG